CACUCAGCCAUUGCUCAGCACUGCUGUCGCGUUAUGGCCGACGAAAGUGCGAUUCCCGUACGCGUCGGACACUACGAGUUGGUCCGCACUAUCGGAAAGGGCAACUUCGCGGUCGUUAAGUUGGCGCGCCAUCAGAUCACGAACGCCAAGGUGGCCGUGAAGGUGAUCUCAACGCGCGCGCUCGACGCGGACCAGUUGCGCAAACUGCAGCGCGAGAUCGACAUCAUGAAGCGGACGGCGGCUCACAAACACAUUCUCCGUCUCUACCAAGUGAUGCAGUCCUCCUCCCAUCUCAUGCUCGUCACGGAGUUCUGCGCGGGAGGAGAGAUCUUCGACCAACUCGUCGCCAACGGCCGCAUGACCGAAGUCACGGCUCGCGACUACUUCCGCCAAAUCGUGGACGCCGUCGACUUCCUGCACGCGCAGGGCAUCGUUCACCGCGACCUCAAGGCUGAGAACCUCUUGCUGUCGGCCGACCUCAAGGUCGUCAAACUCGCCGACUUCGGAUUCUCCAACUACUUCUCGCGCGACGCCCUCCUCAGCACGUGGUGCGGGUCUCCGCCCUACGCGGCGCCCGAGCUGUUCGAGGGCCGGCACUACUCGGGGCCGAAGGCGGACAUCUGGUCGCUGGGCGUC